AUGAUAGGGGUUAGAAGCAUUGUGGUGGUGUUGCUAUGUAUUACUGUUGUUGCUCCUAUUGUUCUCUACACUGAUCGUCUUGGUUCCUUUGAAUCUCCACCCUCCACCAAACAAGAGUCUAUUGAAGAUUCUAUUGAAGAUGUUAGUACUUUUCCUUUCAGUGCAGCAGACUCUAGCCACUUGAAUCUUCUUCCUCAGGAAACUUCGACAGUUCUUAAGGAACCUAUUGGACUUGUGUAUACAGAUGAUGAUUCAAUUAAUAGAAGGAAUUUGCCUCAAGCCUUGCAAUUGGGGGAAUCGAGGGAACAUGUAUCUGCUAGGGUGUUGUCAACCACAACGGAAGAAGAUCAAAAUAAGCAAGGAAGUCAAGGCAGUGAUGGAUCCUUGGAGAAAGCUGAUACAAUUGGCGAACAUGUGAGUGGGGAAGAUGCUAUUGAUGUUGAUGACCAUGAUGGGAAAAUCUCUAAAUUGACUCAUGAUUCCACUGAAGAGCCUCUUGUUAAGGGCACCAUAUUGGAGCAACAACAAGCAACGGAAACUUCUGACGGAAACAAGAAAAGACCUGAGACCUACAAACAGAAUGACCAAUUGCCAUCGGAUGCUCGAGUACAACAACUAAAAGAUCAGCUCAUCCAAGCGAAGGUCUUCCUUUCUCUUCCAGUGGUUAAAAGCAACCCUCAUCUCACUCGGGAGCUUCGUUUAAGGGUUAAAGAAGUAACACGAGUAGUUGGGGAAGCAACCAAAGAUUCUGAUUUACCUAGGAAUGCAAAGGAGAAAAUGAAGGCAAUGGAGCAAACAUUGUUGAAAGGAAAGCAAGUUCAAGAUGAUUGUGCUGCUUCUGUGAAGAAGCUUCGGGCUAUGAUCCAUUCAACAGAAGAGCAGCUACAUGUGCUCAAGAAGCAGACUUUGUUCUUAACACAAUUAACAGCAAAAACACUGCCCAAAGGUCUUCAUUGUCUUCCGUUGCGCCUUACAACUGAUUAUUAUAAGUUGAAUGCUUCUCAGCAACAGUUCACUAAUCAAGAGAACUUAGAAGACCCAAAACUGUACCAUUAUGCAAUAUUUUCGGACAACAUAUUGGCAACAGCUGUUGUUGUGAACUCGACUGUUGUUAAUGCCAAGGAUGCAACGAAACAUGUUUUCCAUAUUGUUACCGACAGGCUCAAUUACGCGGCAAUGAGGAUGUGGUUUUUGGGGAAUCCACCUGGCAAGGCAACCAUUCAAGUUCAGAACAUUGAAGACUUCAAAUGGCUGAAUGCAAGUUACAGCCCUGUUCUUAAGCAGUUGGCUUCCCCAGCUAUGAUAGAUUAUUACUUCAAGGCUCAUCGAGCAACUUCUGAUUCAAACCUCAAGUUUCGCAAUCCAAAGUAUUUAUCUAUCUUGAACCAUCUACGUUUCUACCUGCCUGAAGUCUUUCCAAAGCUCAACAAAGUGCUGUUCUUGGACGAUGAUAUAGUUGUGCAGAAGGAUCUGACUGGUCUUUGGUCAGUUGACCUGAAAGGCAAUGUAAACGGAGCUGUAGAAACUUGUGGUGAAAGUUUCCACCGAUUUGAUCGCUAUCUUAACUUCUCAAAUCCUCUUAUUGCAAAGAAUUUUGACCCACGUGCUUGUGGGUGGGCGUACGGUAUGAAUGUAUUUGAUUUAGUCCAAUGGAAGAGGCAAAAGAUCACCGAGGUGUACCACAACUGGCAGAAUCUGAAUCAUGAUAGACAACUAUGGAAGUUAGGAACACUGCCACCAGGUCUGAUAACAUUCUGGAAACGCACUUUCCCAUUAAACCGUUCGUGGCACGUGUUGGGUCUUGGCUACAAUCACAAUGUCAACCAUAAAGAAAUCGAGCGGGCUGCUGUGAUGCACUACAACGGGAACAUGAAGCCAUGGUUGGAGAUAAGUAUUCCAAAGUUUCGAAGUUAUUGGACAAAGUAUGUCAACUAUGGGCACGUCUAUUUGCGAGAAUGCAACAUCAAUCCAUAG